AUGGUACGAUUAGCAUUUCUUAGUUGGUGCUUGCUCAGCUCAUCGAUAAUAUGGGCUCCGAUAUUAGACUCGACUGUUGCCGUUAGUCUUUCAACAAGACUAACUGAACUGAACAUAAAGGAUAUUGUACCAACAUGGGACAUUGAAAAUAUCUACCAUUCGGAAGACUUGACACCCUCCGAAUCGAAACAUCACGAAAAGGAAGAAAAAGAAGAAGAGGAAAGUUAUGAAUCGGAAUCGUCAGAAGAAGAGUCCAGCAAACACGAAGAAGAAAAGGGAAAGAAAAGUAAGAAGCAUCAUAAAGAGGAAGAGGAGCACGCCAAGGGUGAAAAAGGACAUCAUGACGAGGAAGGAAAAAAGGGUGAACAUGAAGAAGAGGAGGGUCAUGAAAAGAAGCAUAAGAAAGGCUCAGAGCACCACAAGAAACACAAGAAAGGUGAAAAAGGCGAAAAGGGACAUGAAUUUGAGGACCACGGUUCCUAUAAGAAGGGCCACUCCAUUAAAGGGAAACAUCACGUUCACAAAUUAGACGAAGAUAAGAAAGAAAAGAAGUACUACGACGAAAAGCACGAUGAGGGGGACGAAGAAAAGCACGGUGAAUUCGAGAAGGGCGAUCACUUCAAAAAGGGAAAACAUCACAAGAAGGGUGGCAAGAAGAAAUCUGAAGAGGAGGAAAAAUAUGGUAAAAAGGGCCACAGCCAUAAGGGCCAUAAGAAGAAGGGGCACAAGGGACACAAAAAGAAACACGAGGAGAAAAAGAAAUGGGGCCACGAGCAUGGUGAUGACAAAAAGAAAGAGGAAAGUGAAAAGAAGAAAUGGAAGAAAUCGGAAAAAAAGAGCAGUGAUGGAGGAGGCGGUCAUGGUUGGUAA